CAUCUAAUCAUCUCUCUAUAUAUAUAGUUACAUGCAUAUAUGAGAAUUAAGUCCUAACUUUACCACGAAUAGGCCGGAGAGAGCUUGUAAUCGAUCAGUAAAGAGCUCAAGAAUGGAGGUGGGGAGAGGGUUACUGUUAAUAGUGGUUAUGGUUUUGAUGAUGAUUGAUAUGCAGGGAUGUGGAUCACAAGCACAAUUAGUUGAAAAUUUUUACAGCUCCAGUUGCCCAAACGUUGAAUCCAUAGUGAAGCAGGCGGUCUCUAAAAAAUUUAGCCAAACCUUCACAACUAUUCCGGCUACUCUCCGACUCUUUUUCCAUGACUGCUUUGUCGAGGGAUGCGAUGCCUCAGUCAUGAUAUCAUCACCAAAUGGAGACGCAGAGAAGGACUCGUCGGAUAAUCUUUCAUUGGCCGGAGAUGGGUUUGACACCGUCAUCAAGGCUAAGCAAGCCGUCGAAGCGCAAUGCCCUGGCGUCGUUUCUUGUGCUGACAUUUUGGCACUUGCUACCUGCGAUGUUGUAGUUCUUGGUGGAGGUCCGGACUUCAACGUAGAAUUGGGACGUCGGGAUGGACUAGUCUCCAAAGCCUCAAGGGUGGCGGGAAACUUGCCUGAACCAGAAUUUGAUCUGAAACAACUCAACACCAUGUUUUCCAAACACAGCCUCACCCAAACCGACGUCAUUGCAUUAUCGGGAGCACAUACUCUAGGGUUUUCACACUGUGACCACUUCGCCAACCGCUUGUACUCAUUCUCGUCAUCCUCCGCCGUUGACCCGUCGUUGGAUCCCGACUAUGCUCCUGAAGCCUGGAUCAAGUACGCACGACUACAUCGUAUGCAUAUAAUCAAUUUAUGUAGCAAAUAUGUAUGGCUCUGGAAGGUCGCCACUCGCCAGUAUCGAAAAUCCAUUUUCAUUUAUAUUUAUAUCUGUCGAAAGAAAAUCUAUAUAUAUGAGAAGUCGUCACAAUUACCACGAGGUUAG